AUGACUACCGGCGGAGGCUUCGUGGUCGCCAAGGCAGCUUGCUAUGCCACCGUGUUCGUCGUCCGAAGGGCAUUGGACAGAGAAGGCUGCACCACCUGCCAGGAGGCACUGGUGAAAGGCGAUCUGAAGAUGAUGGAGACGUUCGUGCUAGACGCUGCCCACGAUUACCAGUACGACGGCACCAAUAACUGGAAGUACGACUGGACGCUGCCUAAGGCCUUACUCUUCACCAUCAGCAUCAUGACCACCAUCGGCUACGGCCACAUCGCGCCCAGAACCAGCAGGGGCCAAAUCUUUACGAUCUUCUACGCCCUGAUCGCGACACCGCUAUUGCUCGUUUUCCUGACCAAAAUCGGCGACAGCAUGGCGACGGGCUUCACGACAGUCUACAGUCGAAUCUGCUGCCGCUGGUGCAGAAGUCGACGCUACAAGGCUGAGGCGUUGUUUGGGAAAAAGGUCAAGCGUGUAUCGGACGACGUCGUCGGACAGGAAGAAUACAUGCCCACGAAAAAUGUGCAUGUGCCGACCACGGUACUGCUGGUGGUGCUGAUGCUGUACCUAUGGCUCGGUGCCGAGAUCUUCUCCAACUGGGAGGGCUGGAACCGGGUCGCCGCUGGAUACUUCAGCUUCGUCACGUUGGGCACCAUCGGCUUCGGCGACCUCGUACCCGGUCACAGGUACGUGCAGAUGCACGUCCAGCGCACUCAGAGCAUGGCUCUCAUCAGCAUGUGUAUUCAGAUGAUGCAAGAGGAGAUGAUGACCAAGGCCAAGUGGAUGGCCGAGGAGUUCGGUUUGGCUGAAGACGGCCGGGAUGCUCGCGUCCCUUACCGUGUCAGCCGCACAGACACCGUGUGGAAGACGCCUAACGGCGCCGAGGGUAACACCCGGCAAUCCACGGCACGACAGGAGAAGCUGCCGGAACAGGUUACAUGCACCAGCGACGAGUGGGCCGAGAGCCCUGUGGGAACGGGGACCCCGUCCGGGUACCCAGCGCACAUGCGCGCGCUAAAGCUCAGCGGUUGA